CUCGGACUUUCUUUUUGUCUCUCAUAUUCUUUCUGUAGGUAUCUCUCUCUCUCUGAAUUUGUCUUCUUCUUAUCUUUACAAUCUUUCUCAUAUACAUAUUCAUUCAUUCACGCAAGCAGUAAAACAAAUACUUACUAAAUACCUCCUAGGCGCCGGGCACUGUGCCAGGUCUCUGGACUGAUCAGACAAAACUUCAAGAGAGCAAGAGUCUCUGCCCUUGCCUCCCUGGAGCAUGCCAACCUAACCUUACUUCUACUUUCUGUCUCGCUCUCUCUUCUAGGCGAGUCAGGGAGAUCAGGGAAAGUGAAGCCUGAGUCCUCCGCCUGGUGAGCCCCAGUGCUCAGAAAAGGGACUACAAAGAGCCACUUGCCAAGACUGGGAGAGGUGGCUGUUUUAUCUAAUGCAGAAAAACCAACACAGAGUCAAGGAACAUGAAGAAACAGAAGGAUGUGUUCCAAAUGAAAGAACAAGACAAAACCUCAGAAAAAGACCUUAAUGAAAUAAAGAUAAGUGAUUUCCCUGAUUCGGAGAAGAAAGGAUGAACAGAGUGAGAAUGCCUUCCUUACUUUCAAUGUCAAUUUAAUGCACAUUUGUUGUAUAAACACAGGGACCCAUAGGCUGGAGGCAGGUAGAAUGAAGAACCCUGAAGUAAUUCUAGGAAUACUUAAUCAGAGAGAAAAUAAGAAACCGAGAGAGAGAGAGAGAGAUCUCGAGACACAGUCAGUUUGAAAUCACCAUUCUCACCCUAAAGAGGGUUAAGAGCAGGCAAUAGCCUGAAAAUCAGUUCUAACAUUCAAUGUCCCGGACCGUGAGAGUGGGAAGAAACUUAUCACCAAAUUCUAGUCCUGUGUGUUGUUUUGUUUUGUGGAUAUUUUGUCCUUUUAUUGAUUCCACAUUGGACAGGUUUUUAAAAUUUUAGAGAGGGUAAGACAAAGGCUGUAUUAGAAUUGAGUACCUUUGGGCACAUCUAAUUGACAUAAAUAUAUUCAAAUCAUUUGUGCAUAGAGUUAUGUAUACUAUAUAUAUAUGUAUAUACACUAUAUAUGUAACUGUAACUCAUCCUGGGACACUUAAGGUUUUUCCCACAAGUGCUGUAGAUAUUUACUUAGUUUUUGUUUUUCUGAAUUUUUUAGGAAUUUUCUGAAUUUGAGGUUUUUAAAAAAUACUCCAGUAUAAUUAACAGUGUUAGAUUAGUUUCAGGUGUACAUUAUAAUCAUUCAACAAUUCUAAACAUUACUCAGUGCCCAUCAUGAUAAGUGUCCUCUUGAUCCCCAUCACCUAUUUCACCCAUUCCCCCCACCCAUCUCCCCUCUGGUAAUCAUCAGUUUGUUCUCUCUGCUUUUUGGUUUCUUUUUUUCUUUUUUCUUUUUUUUUAAGAUUUUAUUUAUUUAUCUUAGAGAGAGAGAGUGAGAAAGAGCAUGAGAGGGGAGACAGUCAGAGGGUGAAGCAGACUCCCCAUUGAGCAGGGAGCCCGAUGCGGGACUCGAUCCUGGGACUCCAGGAUCAUGACCUGAGCCGAAGGCAGUUGCUUAACCAACUGAGCCACCCAGGCGCCCGGUAUCUUUUUUUCCUUUGUUCAUUUGUUUUGUUUCUUAAAUUCCACAUAUGAGUGAAAUCAUAUGGUAUUUGUCUUUCUCUGACUUAUUUCACUUAGCAUGAUACCCUCUAGAUCCAUUCAUGUUGUUGCAAAUGACAAGAUUUCAUUCUUUUUUUUUAUAGCCAAGUAAUAUUCCAUUGUGUGCAUAAAUAUUCUCUCUCUAUAUGUAUAUAUACAUAUCUUCUUUAUCCAUUUGUCUGUUGAUGGACAUUUGGUCUGCUUCCAUAUCUUGGCUACUGUAAAUAAUGCUGCAAUAAACAUAGGGAUGCACAUAUCUUUUUGAAUUAGUAGAAUUACUGGAUCAUAGGGUAGUCUAUUUUUAAUUUUUUGAGGAACCUUCAUGCUCUUCUCCAUUCCCACCAGCAGGGCACGAGGGUUCCCCUUUCUCCACGUCCUUGCCCACACUUGUUGUUUCUUGUGUUUUUUAUUUUAUUUUAUUUUAUUUUAUUUUUUAAAGAUUUUAUUUAUUUAUUUGAGAGAGAAUGAGAGAGAGAGCACAUGAGAGGGGGGAGGGUCAAAGAGAGAAGCAGACUCCCCGCCGAGCAGGGAGCCCGAUGCGGGACUCGAUCCAGGGACUCCAGGAUCAUGACCUGAGCUGAAGGCAUUGCUUAACCAACUGAGCCACCCAGGCACCCUUGUGUUUUUUAUUUUAGGUGUUCUGACAGGUGUGCAGUCCCAUGUGUUAUUUGCCCAUACAUGAAUAUAUUUGAAGAAAAGUUUAGGAUGUAUAUCAAGGUCUAAUAAAUUUGAACAUACAUUUUUGUUGGUAUUAAAGGUAGUGAAUAGUCAGUCAAGAGCUUGCUCAUUCAUUUGAAUUAGGUAAACCAAAAAACAGGUUUUAAUUUUAUAAUUAGUAAAAUGGCAUACAUAGUUCAGGGAAACUGACUUAGAAAGGACUAGAAUUACUGAUAUGAAAGAUACUGGAAGACUCCCUUUAUCUCUCUUGAAACCAGAAUUUUUUUCCUUUAUGGCAAUUUCUUUCUCUUUAAAGCACAUUCUCUUCAAACCAGUUUCCUAUGAACCUAAUUCAACAGAAUGAAAAAUGUGUCCUCCCAUAGUUGUCAGGCUUGUACUUGAUGGGCCUGUCAAUGUGAAAGGUUUUCCACUGCAAAUUCUGAGGAAGAGGACAUUUACCCCUGAAAAGCCCAACUGGUUUUGGAUAAUGGAGUAGAUAACGUUGUAGGGAAAACGGGGCUUCCAAGAACCACUACUGCGGGUCAGGCUGGAGGCAGCAGUUCAAGGAAGGGGUUGUCCCCACUGAGCCUCACAGAGGAACUCAUAGAAAAUAGUGGAAUCAGUUGUCAAGUUCUUGGAAGAAAAGAAUUGGGUCACAAAAGAAAGGCACCUCCUGUGGGAGCCAGGUCCCACGGGCCCUGUGCCCUUAGCAGGGCCUCUGUGGGGAAAUCUGUGUGGCCCAUGCUUCCUCCUUCCGCCGGAAGUGAAAUGCACAAGGUGGAAACCCAGGAGCUGCGUUGGUGCUAAGAGAUAGGCCGUGCCCGCGGAUUCCACGUCCCAAAGUAGACAUAUAAACAUGCCAAGCAGGGCGCCUGGGUGGCUCAGUGGGAAACCUGCUUCUCCCUCUGCCUGCCGCUCCCCCUGCUUGUGCUCUCUCACUCUCUCUAAUAAAUAAAUAAAAUCUUAAAAAAAAAAAAAGUGCCAAGCUGAUUCCCUACACCGGUGAUUUGGAACUUAAAGGAUGUCCCACAGAGACUUGAAUUUGAUGACUGUGAGUGUGUGAGUCGAAAUUUCCUAGAGUUUUGACAAGUUCAUCAGCUCCUAGAACGGCCCCAGAUCCUGUACUUUCAGUUCCCAGCACCAAAGGUCUUGUGGAACACGUUUAAGCAAUGAACACUAACGUGCAAGCACUUGGAGGGAUGCCCUCAGCUGCGGGGAUCUGGCCCCGGGGAGGAGGCUGAAGCGUGCACACCUGCGGCCUGUUUCUAUCGGAGCCAGAUGAGCAAUGGGUGGAAAUCGCCCCGAGUGCUGCAGACGUGGGCCAAGCCUUUAAAUUCAGAGCAACGGGAGAGGAGCCUGGAUGGAGGUGCAGCCCGUGCAAGAUGGAGUUCCUUGUGCCUGAUGUGCCGCUGUUGAAAAUCUUCUCCUUCCUGGACGCAUUCAGCUUGCUCCAGGCUUCCCAAGUGAACAGGUGCUGGAAUAGGGUUGCAGAGAAUGAUCAGCUGUGGAGAAACCUGUGUCUGAGGAAAUGGAGCUUCUGCAACUUCUCCCUGUGCCUGGGCUCACAGAGCUGGAAGCAGUUCUUCCUCAAACAAACAAGGCUGGAAUACCGGAUGGCAUCGGUGAAGCCAGAGGACUUUAUCUUCAAAGAAGCAAGUGGGAACCUUGGAAUCUUAGGACCUAUGGCUUAUCUGUCAGGACAUGGCCAUCCAACGGGUGGACAGGAGAAGUCUGUCGUUUGUACGGUGUCAUCAAAGCACAUGCUUUAUGCCUGGGACGUGCAGGAGGGCACUAUGAUCUGGUCCAGCCCAGUCCAGCAGUCUAGUAUCAUGCGUCUGGCAACCCUCCCUCAGAUGCAUCUUGCAUUCACUGCGGAUUUGGAGGGAACUGUCAAAGUGUGGAAUUGUCAGGAUGAGGAUGCCCUGGCUACCCUCACCAUGCCUCGGGCCUGUUUUUCCUUGGAAAUCUGUCUCACAAAUGAUGGCCCAUUCCUGAUGGUAGGCAACUCUGAAGGUGACAUCUACACGCUGACAGUGCCUGAGCUAAGGGGUGUCUCUAAAGUCAGUGCAUUUAAAUAUAGUGUUGACCUCCUCCACUGCUCUCCCGACAAGAAAUGGAUCUUUGCAUCUGGGACACAUCAGAAUGUCUUGCCAGUGGUGUUCCUCACAGAGAGCUUACUGAAACCAUCAGAAGGCAAAAGCCCUCUGUCGCUCUCCAUCCCAUUUUCAUCCUGCUGCAGAGCCUGCUGGGCCCCAAGGAGGACAAGCAGGAUAACAGUGAUGUACCGAAGAGGCUCUUUCAAAAAGACAGGAUUUACCACCUUUGAGCUAAUGGCUGAGAGGACGGGGGACAGAACAGACAUCCAAGCCCGUCAGAUUGCAACUUUCUUGUUGCCGCUUCAUAUGGAGAGUCCUAUUUGGAUGGGAGUCGGAGACGGAAAUAUGAUUGUCUUUGAGAGUGGGCCGUCCCUAUUCCUCUUCACCAUCAGUGGCCACCUGCUGCAACGAUUUGAGGACCACCAGAGGACCAUCGGCAACUUAUGGGUGGAUUCUGUGCACGUCCUCACCACAUCCAUGGAUGACUCUCUGCACCUGUACACGUGGGAAGAGGAAGGCCGUUAUCCGUACCUCAGGAGCUGCUGUCACCUGGAGCACCUAGGGAGCGACCCAGCACCGAGCUGCUAUGUCUCCAAAGCAAUAUGUGAUGAUAUGAGCAUAGUAUGUGUGGUGUCCAGAAUUCGUGAAUCCAGCAUUCUGGUGAUGUAUUCUUUGCAUAUGUAA